AUGCCUUCGAUAGAGUCGUCCAAGUCUUGGUUGUACAGGGAGUUGCCUUCAAACAAGAGGACCAUUCGUCUCCUCCGAUUGCUGCCUGGAAGGCCUGAAGACCACGAGAUUCGCUGUCAGCUCUACGAAAGCUCCCUAAUAGAUGCCGUGGGAAACUAUAAAGCCCUUUCCUACACAUGGGGAAGCGGUGCACCAGAAUGCGACGAAGUGGUGUGCUGUGAUGGUCUGAUCGUCCCAGUCACCCUAAACUUAUACUCGGCUUUACACAAAUUGAGGGAUCUUACGGCCACCUUGACCCUGUGGGUCGAUUCAUUGUGUAUCGAUCAAUACAAUGAAAAUGAGCGCACGCACCAAGUUGGAAUGAUGCGUGAAAUUUACGCCAAUAGCAAAGAGGUUAUCAUCUGGCUUGGUGCCGGUCGUUCCGAUGUGACGGCGACUGAUUCGGUGGAGGUCAGGUUCAGUGGCGAUGAAAGAGAUGUUCCAAAGAUUGAAUAUCAUCUUGGGAGGUUGUGGAGGGGACAGCUAGAGUUGCCUCCGGGUGGUCGCGAUGUCUUUGGCGCCUUUUGCGUGAUAUCAAUGCUGGCACAGGGACUUCUUGCCUCCAGGAUCUGGUAUCUUAAGAAUCUGGACUACGCUCCGCCAAUCAUUCGCGGACUUCUUGCUCUGCUGGACGAGCCCUGGUGGACUAGGAUAUGGGUCGUUCAAGAGACUGUCGUCUCUGCCCGUGCAAUCGUACAUUAUAACAACAUAUCUAUGCCGUGGGAAGCAUUUUCGAGGGCCUCUUUGUGUUAUCUGACGGGGAAGGUUACUGAGCAGCUGGGUUCUGCUCCCUCCGAAACCUAUGGCCCGUCAUUGACUCGAUUUCACCGACUGGUCAACGAGAUUGAUACCACCAAAAGGGAUUGGAACGCCUUCGAACCAUCCGCACUACUUCCACUUUUGAGAAAGUUCCGUGCCAAAGAUGCAAGCGACAAAAGAGACAAAGUUUACGCGUUGAUUGGGUUGGUUAAUUUCUGGGGGCAAGACGAGCCCCUGAUACCUGAUUAUGGGCUCAGGCUUAGCAAAGUAUAUUGGCAAACUACCAAACGUCUCAUUCGAAGUUCGAAAACCCUCGCAGUCCUUUCAGGUACCACUGCAGCUGGGAAGCAAAUACAAGCCGGCUUUCCUACUUGGGUAACGGAUUGGAGUUACCGCCCUUCUUCCGAUGAGGCAGAUCGGCUAAACAGUCAGCAUUUAUACAACGCUGCUGACCAGGCGAUGGAGGGCAUCAAAAUUCAUGGACAGACGCUGCUAGAGGCUAAAGGCUAUUCUCUCGACCGUGUCUCAUUGGUUUUAAGCUGGAAUGCCAUCUUCGGAGAAGAUCUUCGGACACAGGCUGCAUACUGGAAAUUCCGCCUACCUUGGCCCGAAAAUACUGCGUACCUACACGGCGGCACACUCAGAACGGCGUUCUGGAGAACAAUAUGCGGUAAUGUGAUAUAUGUGCCAGAAGCAAGGACCGAACGGGAAAGGUUCAGAAAAGCGGUUGCUUCAGAUGUCAAAGCUUUUGAGUCUUGGUGCAAAGUCGACAAAUCAACAAACCGCCGAACCUCAAUCAUUGGUGGCACGUGGCAGGGAACUGUCAGCUCUGAGGAACAAAUUACUAACAAGAAGCGCAAUGCAUACAAGCUGGCGGUUGAGUGCGCUUCGCGUGGGCGCUGUUUCUUCGUCACGGAACAAGGCCGCCUGGGUAUCGGUCCUCCGUCUCUAAAGGCAGAUGAUGAAGUUUACAUCCUCCACGGCAGUAGGGUGCCGAUGAUUCUACGCAGGGCGAGAACGUCGAGGACCUGCCGAGAUAAGGUUGUGGAGAAGCUGGUGCUGUCCACCGAUGAGGAGCACGCAACGAUAAAGGCGGGAGGUCGAAACAAAGCGGACGCUGCGACAAGCCGUGAAGCAACAAGGUUUUCAAUAUGCAAUGAAAGUCAUGAGGAUUGCUACAAGGUCGUCGGGGACGCUUACGUCCAUGGGCUUAUGGAAGGAGGUAUGGUCUGGGAGGACCGAGCCCGCACACGCCUGAAGAAGACUAAGUCUGUGUACAUUGUGUGA